AUGCCGAAGCGGAGAAGACCGUCAUCAUCAUCCCAAUGCCAGGACUUCCUGGCCGACGGUGUUCCUGAGUCCCAUCAGAGACUGUUGGAGCAUGUGCUUGCCAAUAAUGCUAGGCUUUCGAAGGUGAAGAUUGCGAGGCUACCACAUGGGACCGGGAUUGUAGCUUCUGAGCGGGUUAAGAAAAACGAGGAAAUAACUUUUAUACCCAAAUCACUCCUUGUCAACCUCCACGACAUUCCAUUUCCAAAUUCUUCCCCCAUAGACCAUCCGACAAAAGUCCACAGUUCCCUCGCCGCCUAUAUCGCCUCGCAAUUUCAUAAAUCAGAUAAUAAUGACCCAUUCAUAUCAAUCCUUCCAUCAUUCUCAUCUUUCAAGUCUUCCAUGCCGCUCUUUUGGAGCAAUGAAGUAUUAGACAAUUGCUCACCAUGGGUCCGUUCAUUUGCAAUAAAGCAACAAGAAAAACUUAAGGAUGAUUAUGCACAUGCUCUAAAGAUGCAUGGUGAGCGCGGAGUGGAAUUUUCAAAAGAAGAGUAUGAAUGGGCGUGGGCGGCUGUGAAUACCCGGACUAUAUAUUAUAGACCGAAGAAGUGGUAUAAAGUUCCUGCGGAGGAUUGUAUGACUAUGUGUCCCUUUAUUGAUUAUUAUAAUCAUGAUGCGAAGGGGGAUGAAAGUUGUACCGUGAGCUUUUCAAUAGAUGGUUUGAGGGUCACGACGCAGAAGGAAUAUUCUGUCGGUGAGGAGAUAUUUGUUACAUACGGCGAGUAUAAUAACGAUCAUUUACUCGUGGAGUAUGGCUUCACACUCCCUAAAAACCAAGCCGACAAUAUGAACAUCGAUCAUUGGGUUCUUCCAAAACUUUCGUCUCGACAUCAAGAGAUAUUAAAAGAGAUAUCAUUCCACGGGUACGCCUUCACCUUCUCGCAGACUGUUAUGUAUAGUGGAUCUGAUCUUAUGAUUUCGGUUGAUGGGGAUAGUGAAUAUCUUCUGGAUGAGAAUGAAGUUUGUUAUAGGACUAUGAUGGCGUUGAGGUUGGCGGUUAUAAAGGAGAGUAUGUUGGGGAAGGGGAAAAGGUAUAAGGAUUUUAUGAAGUUGGUGGAAGGGGGGAUGGAGGAGGAUGAUUAUGUUAAGUUGUAUGAAAAGGAUGAAAAGAAGGUUGGUGAGCUUUUAGAGGAGGUUUUAAAGGCGGUUGAGGAGUUUGGAGAGGAGAAGACAGCGAAUCUGAGAAGGAUGCUUGAGAGGGAGGAGUUUUUGGAUCAGAAGGAGAGUAUAAAAUCUGCGAUUGGAAGAUGGAGACAAUGUAUAGACAUAAUCGCUAAACACAGAGCAAAGAAUAACUAG